AUGGCCACCAAUGGUGUCAAAUCCUUCUCGGAACUCCCCAUUUUCGGUAACACUACAGAAGAGGGAUCGAAGAGAAAACGCAGAGCGUCACCACUUGCUUUUCCCUGGCGAAGAAAGUCUUCAGAUGGAAAGUUUCAACGUGCUUUCGGUGCAUUUGUUCCUACUCGUCUCAAAAGUGACCAUCGAAGCCGUUCUUUGUGCGACAUUAGGAGACAAAGGUCCCUGUCACCAGAAGGCCAGGGCUGUACCACUUCAGACACUAUCAAAAUUCUUGGAAAAUCAGCGUUAAACGUCCUUCAGGGGACAAACCUCGCCCUCAGCUCAACAGCGUCCGUGAAAUCUGUCGCCAAGUUCGUUGGCAAGCCUCCCCUCUUGACGACUUGCGUCUACCACUUCGACCAAGACCUGGCCGAGCCCGACGCUUCCCUGCGCGAACUCCGACUGAACCACCCCCGCACCUUCACCUCCCUCGUUGCGAGCUACCUGAAUUUCCUCGACUUCCAGUCCGAUGACCUUUUCCGCAUUGCUGACGAGGUCGGUCGACAGGAGGCACCAACGGUAGGCAAGAAAAGGAGCACAUCGGCUUCACGCUACACUCUCGGUUCCCCCAUAACUCGAUCUCUUCUCACGCCUGUUAAAAUCAAUAACUUCCUUGCUGGACGGAGCAGCAGCAGGGCUUCACAAGAUUGCAGUAAGUUCAUCUUCCGUCGUCCGGGUGUUCAGAAACAUGUAAACGAAUUGGAAAAACAGCUCUUUGGGCAGAAGGUUUUUCGCGGCGACUGCAAGUUGCGCACAAAGUCUACCGCAUCUGCCUUUUUCGAUGAGUCUGGAAUCAUUUCCAGAAUUCUUGCCUCCCAUGACCCAAUUACAAUUGCCUCAGCGCUCACCCGCAUUCUCCGCCGCCACGGGCCCCUUAUUCCCUCGCGACUGCACCACCUCUUCAUGCAACUGGCCACGCCGGAGAACUGCGACGUGGACAUCGGUCUGCCGGCUGUUCCCUGCCAAAGCACCCGCUCGCAGGCCAUGCGUUGCCGCGCCCUGCGUCUCCUCCUCCAACUUACGCCCUCGCGACACCUCAACCUGGUUUACAGGCCCCUGUGCCACCUGCUCGUGCACGUCACCUCGGAGCCUCUCUGCGCAGUGGACGAUGCCAGCGUGUCCGUCCUGUUCGCCCCCGUAUUCCUCUUAGAACGUGACUCCGCACCGGCAGCUCUCGCAAAUCCACGACUCCCACAAAUUGUCCAAAUGUUACUCGACCUCACGAGACGUGAGAUGAUCGCCACAGACACCGCAGCAAUCAGCAUCUUUAGAGUGCCGCGUCUCUUCCUACACGACUGCCGCAGGAACCUCGUUGCACAUCAGGAAUCUGAAGAUCCACCACUCUACUGCAGUCUACGCUUUUGUACUACGAUGGGCGGCCGACGCAGACGCGAGCGUCGGUCGCCGGCCAAGCCUGCAAGCACGAGGGUGGUCGCGCUCGAGUCGGCGCUAGUCAGUCCUGGCACCCACAAAGUGGGGCAGUUCGAUUCGCCGAAGGACAAAGACGUGCCGCCUGCGAAUCCCACGCUCCUCACUCCGCCGUUCAAGGACACCACCAACUUUGCUGAGACACAAUCCACGCCAAUUAUUAAGAGAACUUGGGCGUCAUCAUCACCUGCUCACCCAAGUGACACAUUCACACGUCUCAUCAGUCGCCCCGUCCCCCCCGCCACCACCCCACCCCUCCUCAUAUGCUUUAUGCUUCUUCGUUUUUACGCUCCCCAAAACCCCUCUUUCGAGUUUGGGUUGAAGACGAACCCGGUGGAGGGUGAAAGUCGAAUGUUCGAAAAGUGGGGCUACUGA